UUCAGAAAACUCAAAACCUUUUGAAUACAAAGAAGAGCAAGAGAGGAUUAGAAGAAGACGAUGGAUAUGGAUUUGGAUGAUAAACCCUUGGAUUUUGAAACCGAAGAUUCGCUACUCAUGCCAUCGGUAUCUACUGCCGUUUCCUCCAAAAGAAGGAACAAAGUGAUUGGGCUAGAUGACCUUCUUUGUGAUUAUUAUGCGGAACAAGGUAAUGAGGUUCAGCAAAAGGCUAAAAGGGCUAAAAAGGCGAAACCUAAGAAACGAUAUAAUUCAGAUGAUGAGGAUACAAUAAUGAGAAACAAGGAGGCAAGAUUAAUCAGAACACUAGAAGGGCAUGUCGCUAACAGUGAAAAAGAGGUGUCUGGAAUAAAAGCUGAAUUUGAGAUACCAUAUUGGGGUGUAAGUGUUUUCGGUGAUCAGAAAGCUACACCCUCACUAGUUUUUCCUGAGCUUGGAAGUUGCCAGCUUGUACAAUCCUUCACGAGGAAUGAGCUUAACUCAAUUGUCAAAUUGAACUCUGAAAAAGGAGAAACUUUUCUUCAGGGAUUACUAAUAAAUGGAUGGCUUUUGAAAUUGGUUCUCAAAUGUGGUCAUGUUGAAGAAUCUAUUGCAACUUGGUGCUUUAAUCUGAUGUUAUACUCCUCGAAGGAAAAAUUGAGUGAAUCUGCAUGUACAUUUUGGUGCUCCAUUCUUCAAGCCAAUGCUGAGGAGUCAACGCAAAUUGACUGGUUGCCUACCUAUGCUGAAAUAAACAAAGCUUUGGUCGCUUAUGGUUACCUACUUGAUUCGUCAAAUGAUCCCUCAUCUGUUUUAGAUAAGGUUGGCAAAGAUCAUUCUGAAGGCCCCCCUCAAAAUAUUAGAUGCUGGGUCAGGUUUCUUGGUGCUUGUAGUGAAGCAAGAAGUAAAUGGAGUAUCAUCUCAGGUUCUGAUGCCGAAGAUUGUCUUUGCGUUAUAAUUCGCUUCUAUUUAGACCGCCGACUUGAAGGCCUGUCAUUACUUUUCUAUGAGUGCAUGGUAUCAGUUAUUAAUUUCUUUACAGACAAUGAGUGGAAUAUCAGCCGUGUGAAAGUAGCCAAAUCUCUUGCUUGCAGAGUUAAUAAAGACUUGAACUGCUUGAGACUUGUGGAGUGCAUUUCUGCAGUUGAUGCUCGUAGUAAACACCUCAGAAGUGAAUUGGCCUUUCAGAUAUUGUUAAAAUCCAUAGAUGAAAAGGUGUCUGAUGGAGAAGACAUUCUUAGAUUUCUCAUAUCCAUCAAUGUGAAGGAUAGAAACUGUGAUUUUUUUCUGAUGUUCAUAUACUUGGUUCUUGCUGAGAAUUGGCUUUUGUUUGGUCCUCCACUGGAAGACAAACCCUAUAUUCCUCAGAUGUUAGGAGUUUAUCUUCGCAACUGCUCUAGCCAAAUUUCCAGCACAGAUAUGAGGUGUUAUGCUUCGAAGGUACGCAAUAAAGCUUCAUACCUUCUUCAAAGCACUUUCAGCAGAAGAAAUUGAGAUAAUCAUGUACAAACUCUUUUCUCUGAGACUACUUGGAGCAACAAAUUUAGAGUUAUAAACUUAUUUUUUUGAGAGAUGGAUCUCAUUUGAAGAUGCCCAAUGAAGCCAUUCUUGAUUGUUGGCAGAGGAUAUUGCAAUCAGCAGGUGCCACAGAUGUGAUUACCUCAAAGUAUACUGAUGGGUUGUUUCAAGGAUGCUACUUUUUUUUGUUAGAAUUUUGGAUAACUUUUUUUGUUGCAUUAAUGGGUUGUUGCAUUAAUGUUUGUUAAUAUAUUUAGCAAAGUGUAAUUAUUCAGGUCUAGGUGCAUGAGGCACUUGUUUUGUUCCUUGUCUUGGGCAACUGAAAAAAACCCCAAAAAAGUAGCAUUCAAAUGCUCGGAAGACUUUUUGUUCUUUUUAUUUCUUCCGCUUUCUACAGCUAAGAUGUUAUUCAA